CUUGUCGUUUUGGAAUCCCACAAAGGUUCCAGAUUAAACGACACGGAAUAGCAGAAAAGGGUAUAGGGUUUUUCUCCGAUUUGGGAUCCAAAAUAUUGAUAUUCCAAUCACAAAAUUCACAAUCAAAUCAGUAAUCUAAACCAUUAGCGACUUCAAUGGUCUGCGAAAAAUGUCAGAAGAAAUUAUCAAAGGUGAUAGUACCAGACAAAUGGAAAGAAGGAGCCAGCAAUACUACUGAGAACGGUGGCCGCAAAAUCAACGAGAAUAAACUCCUCUCCAAGAAGAACAGAUGGACCCCUUAUGGAACUACCAAGUGCAUCAUUUGCAAGCAGCAAAUGCACCAGGAUGGCAAGUACUGUCACACCUGUGCCUACUCAAAAGGAGUUUGUGCGAUGUGUGGCAAACAAGUUCUUGACACCAAGUUUUACAAGCAAAGCAAUGUGUAGGGAGGGAGUCUGUGCUUCAUUCUGCAUCUUCUAGGUUUGGGCAGAUUCAGAUUGCAAAGAGGAAAGGAUAAAAUUAUAUGGUUAGAGAGAAAAUGCAUGAUAUUGUGUGCAUCCCAGAGUUCUUUGUGAAUUUAUUUGGGAGUCUGAAGAAAUGAGUUUCUCCUUUUGUAUUUCGAUUGUCAUUUUAUGAGAAGUUCUUACUCUAUGGAAUCUUAAUUUUGUUUUUGUUGACGACUUUUUUUUAAGCUUCAAUCAUGUUUUUAUUAUCAUGGGGGACAUAGAUAUAUUAAGAACAAUGUAUUGAUUUUGGUGGAAAAUGUUCACAUUAGUAUGUGAUAAAAGAAAAAUUAAAGAAGUUUGAAGGAUUGGCACAAA